ACGUUUGUGUAUACACAAGUAGCAAUACAAACAGGAGAUGCAGCCUCGAUAAGGAAAUUAAGGGAAAGGGUGCAACUCAAAUAAACCCAAACUGAUGCACCAACUGACCAAUGCAUCUCUCUCUUGCUCUCUAACUAAAACUCUCACUCAGUGUCACUCAGGGACAUGAAAGUCAGGGGAUAAAUGCAGAGGAGCGUCAUUCGAAUAUUCUGGAAACGCUGUACAAAGGCGUUCCUUGGAUUUUCUCUUCAAAAUUGGAGUCAGGACUUAAACACAGCCCAUUAAAACUCAGCGGAAUUUUUUUUCCCUUUGACUGAGGUUGCAGGUUUUUGGCGCACCAACAGGACAACAGUGGACUUUUGGAUCAAACACAGCUCGCUGUUUUAGAUUCAAAGGGACAAUCGCUGCACCCCCAGGCAAUUGUAGGUUACGGUGCAGUGAGAACACCCAGAGGUGGUUCAGAAAUUGUGCUUUGGGUGUUUGAGUUAUGCGCUUCUGUGGUGGACAAGUAAGGCAGAGCAUCCACAGACAUUCAGAUGGAUACACAGAGUCUGUGAGGGGGUUGCUGACUGCACAGUAAGAAGAGGAGAGGAAGAAAUCAAGUUUUGUUUCUGUGUGGAACAUAAGGAAAUGUGGCUUUCACAUAAUCAGAUCAGAAAGAUGUUAAUUUUUUCAAGCAUGAGGAAGAAGUGUGCUUUUUGGAAUCAGCUUUUCUGAAGAACAAAAUGCUAUUAAAUAUCUAAAGAUUUUUUUUUUGAGUCAGAGACAACUUGGAUCAAUGAAGGAGUCCGAGCAAACCAAGGACAUCACCUGGGACUUUGACCAGUCCUGGGCUUCGUUCCUAACACCAGCUGCACGUCUUUGCCUCAACACCUUGGAUUUUUCAGACCUCUGGGAUGAGGAGGACAGUACAGAGGACGAGGGAACUCAUACAUCCAAAGAAUCAUCAUCAUGUCUGCAAGUCGCCCCAGCACCACCACCUCCUCCUCCUCCUCUUCCUCCUCCUCCUCCUCCUUGUUUGCCCUCAGCUUCCCCUAAAGGUGCCACCACAAAAAGUCGCACCUUGAAGCUCCACUGGAGGGAACUGCAGAAUCUGGCUCCACUUCCCAGGAUGACUCGCUUUGGGACUCAGACUAUUUGGGCCGGACUUGAGCCGGUGCAUUUGGACACAAACCGGCUAGAGUACUUGUUUGAAUCUAAGGGCAAUAACACCAGUUUAAGUGUGGUUUCUGGACGGCAGAAGCAGCCAUCAGUCUCAGUGUUGGGAAUGAAGCGCAGUAACAUCAUAACCAUUGCACUGAGCAGCCUCCCCCCUCCUCGCCUCCUCCCCCCUGCUAUCUACAGCAUGGACAGCAGUGUGCUGGACAGAGACGACGUUCAGCGUCUUCAAGCUUUAAUCCCAACAGAAGAAGAACUUUGUCUGAUCAAGGAGGCCAAGGCCCAGAACCCUCACUGCCCUCUGGCCCAGGCUGAGCUCUGCCUGCUUACUCUGGGGGAGAUCCCUCACCUGAGCUCCAGGCUUCAGCUGUGGACCUUUGCUCUGGACUAUGACUCUGUAGAGAGAGAAAUUGCUGAACCUCUCUUCCAUCUGAAGUUGGCCAUGGAGCAACUGGCAGCCAGCCAGACCUUCAGGUGUAUUCUGGCGACAGUGCUCGCCAUCGGUAACUUUCUCAAUGGAUCAUUCGCACCAAUCACGGGGGAUGUCUCCACCCGCCGAGUCUCCGAGGCCCACAUACCUCCACACGCUUCUACUAUCUCUCACGCAACCCCAUCGCACGGCACUAACAACCUGACAGGCACAUCCUGA